CGACUCCAUUCCACAGUCUAUCUAGACUACUCUGUCAACCUCAUCCUCUUACCUUAGGCAUCUGUCUUGUGUUUUUGCUUUACAAUUAAGCAAAUUAACAAUGAGCGGAGAUCAUGGUCCAAGAGACUCUCAGGCCAAUUCUGGGUCUCGAGCCAAUGACACUCACAGGCACAAGGACAAGCACAAAGAUAAAGAGCUCCGUCACAAAGAGCAAAAAAAAGAUAAGGAGCGAGAGAAAGUCAAGCACAGCAAUAGUGAACACAGGGAGCACUCAGAUAAGAAGCACAGAGACAAGGACAAGGUGAAAAACUUUGAUGGGAGUGGGGAGAGACACAGGGAGAAACAGGAUAAGGAUAAGAGGAGAGAGGAAAAGGUCAAAUCAUCCCAUGUUGAGAGCAAGCCCAAGAAAGACAAAGAGAACGGACACACGAGGGAGAGGCGGAGCAGUCCCAGCCCUUCUGCCUUUAAAAGCGAACCAGCGGAAGACAACGGCUACCCCUCUCCCAAACAUAACAAGACUUUAAAGAGAGAGCGAGUUGAGGAGGAAUUUGAGUACAAGCCCAAAAAAAUCAAGACCGAGAAUGGAAAAAAGCUGAAGAAGAGAAAACAGGAAUAUGAAGAUGAAGAAGAGGACAUAAAACCUAAGAAGACAAAAGACAAGAAAGCUGGAGCGGAAUCCAAGAAAGUCAAGAAGGAACCAGAAGAGAAAUGGAAAUGGUGGGAGGAGGAGAGGGCCACUGACGGCUCCAAAUGGAGGUUUCUGGAACACAAGGGACCUGUUCUUGCUCCUCCAUAUGAACCACUUCCUGGCCAUGUCAGAUUUUUUUACGAUGGUAAGCCCAUGAAGCUCAGUGCUGCAGCAGAGGAGGUUGCUACUUUCUUCGCCAAGAUGCUGGACCAUGAGUAUACCACCAAGGACAUCUUCAGGAAGAACUUCUACAAAGACUGGAGAAAGGAAAUGACAUCAGAGGAGAAAUCAAAGAUCACGGAUUUAACCAAGUGUAACUUCACCGAGAUGAGUGAGUACUUCAAAGCUCAAUCAGAGGCCCGGAAACAGAUGUCCAAAGAGGAGAAACUGAAAAUCAGAGAGGAGAAUGAGCGUAUCCUCCAGGAGUAUGGCUUUUGUGUGAUGGACAACCACAAGGAGCGAAUUGGAAAUUUCCGCAUCGAGCCUCCCGGCCUGUUUAGGGGUCGGGGUGACCACCCAAAGAUGGGCAUGCUGAAACGUCGCAUCCGCCCGGAAGACAUAAUCAUCAACUGCAGCAAGGACUCCAAGCAUCCCAAACCGCCCCAGGGCACGCGCUGGAAGGAAGUUCGUCAUGACAACAAGGUCACAUGGCUGGUGUCGUGGACUGAGAACAUCCAGGGUUCUAUCAAGUACAUCAUGCUCAACCCCAGCUCCAGAAUCAAGGGGGAGAAGGACUGGCAGAAGUAUGAGACGGCACGAAGGCUGAAGAAAUGUGUGGAUCGCUUGAGGGCCCAGUACCGAGACGACUGGAAGUCUAAAGAGAUGAGGAUCCGACAGAGGGCCGUGGCUCUCUACUUCAUAGACAAGCUGGCCCUGAGGGCAGGGAACGAGAAGGAGGAGGGGGAGACGGCUGACACUGUCGGCUGUUGCUCUCUCAGGGUGGAACACAUCAAGCUGUACCCCAAAAUGGACGACCAGGAGUACGUGGUGGAGUUUGACUUCCUGGGGAAGGACUCCAUCAGAUACUACAACAAGAUGCCUGUGGAGAAACGGGUAUUUAAGAACCUGCAGCUGUUCCUGGAGAACAAACAGCCAGAAGACGACCUCUUUGAUCGACUCAAUACCUCCAUUCUGAACAAGCACCUCCAGGAGCUGAUGGACGGCCUGACGGCCAAAGUGUUCCGUACCUACAAUGCCUCCAUCACUCUGCAGCAGCAGCUCAAGGAGCUCACCAGUCCGGAGGAGAGCAUUCCUGCUAAGAUCCUGUCAUACAACCGAGCCAACCGGGCCGUGGCGAUACUGUGUAACCACCAGAGAGCACCGCCCAAGACCUUUGAGAAGUCCAUGCAGAACCUCCAGACCAAGAUAGAUGAGAAGCAGAAACAGCUGUCGACAGCCAGGAAACAGCUGAAGGGGGCGAAGACAGAGCACAAGGCCUCACACGGUGACGGGAGCAAAAAGAUGGUGGAGGUGAAGCGAAAGGCGGUACAGAGGCUGGAGGAACAGCUGAUGAAUCUGCAGAUGCAGGCCACGGACCGGGAGGAGAACAAGCAGAUUGCCCUGGGAACCUCUAAACUCAACUACCUGGACCCACGCAUCUCUGUUGCAUGGGUUAAGAAAUGGGAUGUUCCCAUUGAGAAGAUAUACAACAAAACACAAAGGGAGAAGUUUGCCUGGGCCAUCGACAUGGCUGAAGAAGACUACGAGUUUUAGAAUCCGACACGAUAGUUUUAACCCUGUUCUGUUCUCUGUUUCAGUUGAAAUCUGUGUAGUCCAUGUGAUUGAUUCCACCGUGUGAAAUAAGGAUAGUUCUUAGCGAUUGACCAAAGUCCUGUUAGAAGCAUGCGCCGUGUCCUUCCUUACUCCUUUGAAAUAAGCUCAGAUCUUAUGGAUUGGAUCGUUGAAGAAUCUUUGCUUUUACUUAUUCAGUCACACUCACGAACAAUGUGAUGUGGAACAAAGGAGUGUAUUUUCCAAGUAUUUGCACCAUGCUGGGUUUCGACAGUGCCAAGUAUUCAAGUGUGUUUGACCAAAACCAAUUGACUGGACCUUUCAACUUUAUCAUCUUCUGAGAUCCUCAGCUAAAGCACUAUAGAACACAGCUUUUCUAUUGGUUCACACUGCAAAAUCUUAGCCAUCAGAUUUAUGGAGAAAUUCUAUAUUUUGAUAGAAAUAGUAAUUAAUUAAAUGAAGAAUUCCCUAAAGUGUGGCACUUUUAUGCCUUGUGAGAAGGUCAAUGGACAGAACAGUGGUAUGUGUGUGUGUGUUAUUUAAAAGAUUCAUGAACUUUGAAUUCUGUAUGAAGGAACUGGAGUGAGAAGAGGAUAAUGUUUAUGGUGAAUGAUGAGGAGUAUGAUCAAUAGUUAACAACCUAGCACUAUGACGCCUGUAUAAUUCUAGCACAGAGAAUGUGAAUUUGACUGUUUUGUAUUAGUUUAUUUGAUUUUGUUGUUUAUUUCAGGGAUGUAUAUUUUUUGUUGGAUUUCAUUACAUACUGGUACGCUGUUCAGUGUUUUUUUAAAUAUAUAUCCUAUGUGUUGUCACCCAGCCUCCCACUCCUGUAGAUAGCUAUGACUUUUAUUAUUUUGUCUUUUUACUACUUUUGCUGAAUAAAAAGCAUUAUGUAUGUUACUUGAAGAAAUGUCUGUAAUAAUGUACUGUUCUGGCUCCUGUUUUGUGUAGGUACAAAUGACUGCUUGUUCUUUAAAAAAGAGAAAUGUGUGAGGGAUAUGGAUUUUGCCAAAAAUAAAAGCUGUUAGAUACAAAUCUAUCAACAAUUUAA